UAGGAUUAUAUCAGUAUAUAAAGGACCCUAGAACACCAAUACACUCAAUUAACUCACUACACACACUCUCUCUCUCAUGCAGAUUUGGUGAUUACAAACACUAAUGCCAUAAACUGCAACACACAACACACACCAUGAUUCUCCACACACAAAAUCGUCACCAAACAAAGUCAAAUUCUUCAUCAUCUGAUCCCAGCAAGGUACGCAAAAACUCCUUCCACUGGCGGAGCGACUCCAGCGAGCUCGACGUUUUCGAGGCGGCGCGCUACUUCUCCGCCGCCAACGACCAUCUCCAGCCCUACAUCAACGGCGUCAACUUCGUCAGAGAUCCAAACCGCAACCACAUCCCUCGCCGAAGCCUGGACGUCACGAUCAUGCGAUCUAAUCCAAUUCCUCCUGACUACCAUCACCAAAUCACCGACCAAAAGCAACCGAUCAAAGAUCAGAGUAAAAAAUUCAAGCAGCCGAGCUCUCCCGGCGGCCGCCUCGCCAGCUUCCUAAACUCUCUCUUCAGCCAAUCAUCGCUGAAGAAGAAGAAGAAAUCGUCCAAAUCCUCCGCCAAGGAUUUGGAAGAGGAGAGCCCCGGCGGGAGGAGGAAGAGGAGGAGCAGCAUCAGCCACUUCAGAAUCACGAGCACCGCCAAAAACGCCGCCGCCGCGGAGAUCGGAUCUGGAUUUAGAACUCCGCCGCCUUACGUGAUCACUCCGACGAAAUCGCACAAGGAGCUGGCGAGAUUCGCAGAUCAGCAUCAUCAAGUAGCUUCCGUGCCGAUGAAAGGGACGAGUUUAAAGCAGAGUUUGGAGAAAUUGAGGGUUUCUGAGAAGAUGAAUUUGAAAAAAAUGAGCGAAGAGGAGGAUGGGGCGGAGAGUGAUUCGAGUUCGGAUCUAUUUGAUUUGCCUAAUCAUGAAUUGGAUUUCUUUUCGAGUAGCUUGCCUGUUUAUGAGACUACUCAUAUGGAAAGUAUUAGAAUUGGAACGCCUAUAUCCAGCGCAACAUAAAUAAUUUUUUUGGGAUAUAUUGGAAUUGGAACCCCAAAUGUGAACCAUGCAUGUUUCUAUUUUAGAUAACAUAACAUUUAUUUUUAUGUUAUUGGAGUAUCUAUUAAUCGUGCCAAAGCCAGUCGGUAAUCCACGCGGGAUUUCACAUUGUAUUAUUAAAUAGUAGCUACGUGUAAAAUUAGAAAAUACCAUUUUCUCAAUACAAAAAAGGAGGGUAACGUUACGUCGCAAAGGAAAAAUUAGAGGAAAUUAUAGUGAUGCAGAGGAUCCAUGCUUCACCCUAUCAUCCUCAAUCAGGUCUUCGACUUGAGUGGGAAUAAUAUGACAAAUCUUGUUCUUCACAUCUA